AGCGCGUGAGGCGGCGGAAGUGUUUCCUCAACAUUUCCUAAACGCUGCUGCUCCGCGCAGGAGAGGAGUUGAUCCGCCCAGAGAGACAAAUCCGGUCCUGGGAGAAGGGUAAGAUGUCAGCAGACGGCUCCAGGUUCGAUCCUCUGGUGGUGGUGGAGCUGACCUCGGACACCAAGGAGGAGGCCAUCUCCUGGUUGCUGAGCCGGAUCCGGGACACACAGCAAAAUGGAGGCGCUGAGCUGCAGGUGGAGCAGCUGGAGCAGCUGGGCCCCGGGGUCAGCGCUCAGGAGAAGGAAAACCCCAACCUGUUCCUGGUGGGGGCCACACGGCAGAGGCUGCUGUCCGGAGCUGAGGACUUGGGCCUCUUCAAGGAGUUCCACGAUGGAUCCAUGAGAGGCUUCACCUGCGCCAACAAACACAACUUCAAAGACUUUCAAGGAGACGGAGACUCCUUCCUCAGCAUGGCGGAGUGUCAGUACAUCAUCAAACACGAGCUGGACACCUUACGGGCCAGAGACGAGACUCAUGUACCGGGACACCAGCAGGUCAAGCUCUACCCCGGGAAAUCCAUCAUCCGCAGACUGCUGUCCAAGGGGAUCCUGAUCCAGGUCUUUCCUCUCCACCAAAAGGAGGAACUGAAGAGGCUGUCGUUCUCUUGGUACCAAAAGGUGAAGCUGUCCUUUCAGCCUCUCGAUGACAUCCGACACUACUAUGGCGAGGGUCAGGCCCUGUACUUUGGCUUCCUGGAGUACUUCACCUUCGCCCUGGUGCCCAUGGCUCUCAUCGGGGUGCCUUACUACCUGUUUGACUGGGAGGACUACGACAAAUAUGUCCUCUUGGCUGCGUUCAACUUGGUCUGGUGCACCGUUAUCCUGGAGUUGUGGAAGCGUUGCAGCGCCUCGCUAGCCUACCGCUGGGGCACGCUGAGCAGGAAGAAAGCCUUCGAGGAGCCUCGGCCCGGCUUCCACGGCGUCCUGGGGUUCAACCCUGUGACGGGCCGCGAGGAGCCGCUCUACCCCAACACCAAGAGGCAGCUGCGCGUCUACCUCGUGUCCCUGCCCUUCGUCCUGCUCUGCCUCUACCUGUCCCUCUACAUCAUGAUGAUCUACUUCCUGAUGGAGGGCUGGGUGCUGUCGGUCCACGACGAGGAGCCCACCUUCUGGACCGGAAUACUGUGUUUCAUCCCCAGUGUCAUCUACGCGGUGGUCAUCGAGGUCAUGAACCUCAUCUACAGAUAUGCUGCGGAGUUCCUCACGGAGUGGGAAAACCACCGGCUGGAGUCCUCCUAUCAGAAUCACUUGGUCCUCAAAGUAUUAGUGUUCAACUUCUUCAACUGUUUCGCCUCCCUGUUCUACAUCGCCUUCGUCAUGCACGACAUGGUGAUGCUCAGACAGAGUCUGGCCACGUUGUUGAUCACCAGUCAGAUCUUGAAUCAGUUCAUGGAGGCCUUCCUGCCCUUCUGGCUCCAGAGGAGACGCAACAAGAAGAUGAUCCGCAAAGUCCAGAUUAGAAAAACCCUGGAGGACAAAGAGCUUCCUCUGGCCGAUCAAGUCCGGCUGGAGGCCGACAUGAGCACCUACUUGGGAACCUUCGACGACUACCUGGAGCUCUUCCUGCUGUUUGGCUACGUCAGUCUGUUCUCCUGCGUCUACCCUCUGGCUGCCGUCCUGGUGGUGCUGAACAACAUCACGGAGGUGUACUCCGACGCCUUCAAGAUGUGUCGGGUGUUCAAACGACCCUUCUCGGACCCGGCGGCGAACAUCGGAGUCUGGCAGCUCGCCUUCGAGGCCAUGAGUGUGAUCGCUGUUGUCACCAACUGUUCGCUGAUAGGCAUGUCUCCACAAGUCAAGGCUUACUUCCCCGAAUCAGACAUGCAGCUCAUACUGUGGACGGUGGCUGUUGAGCAUGGGCUGCUGGCCUUCAAGUUCAUCCUGACCUUCCUCAUCCCAGAUGUUCCCAAACACAUCCAGAUCAACCUGUCCCGCCUGGAGUUUGAGUCCCUGGAGGCCCUCAAGAAAAAGAAAAUGCUCGAAGCCACGGAGCUCAGCAAGGCGAUCCAGUGAGGAGGAGAGGAGGAGCUCCAGACCCCGACUCUCUACAGCUCUUCUUACGCAGUGACGUGCUGCUUAUCUGCAAUAUCUUCACAUUAUAAACGCUUGUAGAGCCAAGCUGAUUUUAUGACUGUUAUAUUUAUAUACACGUGUUCUGUUCUUUGGGUUGAGUUGAAUAAAUCCUGACGUUUGGGAUUUUGCAGAUGUUAAAGUUUGUCCUAGAAUUAAGCUGAAGAGCACUGAACUCCCAGUUAACCAAAGACACCAGUCAGGGUCCUGGUGAACUCCCAGUUAGACAUAAUGUUUGGCUUUGAAAAACAUCUUUAUGAUCAAAAAUGUAAUUUUUUUUUUAUAUAACAAAUUCCAAAAGAAACUUAAAUUGUCUGAAAGAAAUCAAAUGUUCCGUUACCAAAAUCAGAAUUAGAAAUUCAAACUUGAAUGUGUGGCUGAAAUGUUGAAUGCAUUACAUUUUGUGCUAUUUAUACUUCAAUAUUUAGUAUCCAGCUCAUCGGAUUGAAAUAAUCGGGCUUUCUUUUUUUUCUUCCACAGACGAGCGGUCACGAGUUAGUCUGAUGUUGGCAUGCAGCUUAUGGGUUAUGGGUAAUCAUAUCAGUUAAUAUCUGUUCAUUCAGUGUCGAGGAGGACUUGAAGUUAAACGAUGCACUCCUCUCACCCCUGGUGCCUUCAAAUGCAAUCUGAAUAUGUUGUUUCUAUGCUCUAGUAUUUACAUUUCCUAAUGUAUUGAAACUGAUGUAGAGAAUAAAUUAAAUUAAAAAGGGGGAAAUUAAACUUGUCCUGUUGU